UGAUCCAUCUGCAGGCGGGGUCGCGUAUUCGUGCGAGUGCCCUGCACCUUUCUCGAUAGUCUAGACGCGUGAGUUAAAUGUGAACGAGUGCGCGGAACGAAAAAGACAGAGUCUCCGACACACUCGUGAACUUUGUGCUACCGCUGGUGUCCCGCGCCCUUUUAUAAUUUAACAUUCCGCGCGUAUUGUGGUUGGCGCGAUUGGGCGCGAUCGACGCCGAUCGAGGUUCGCUCGGUGGCCGUCACCGAAGCGACACAACAGCUGACGGUUACAGAAUACUACAGAACGGAACGUUUACGGUUAGUGUCGUCCUGUCGUCCUCCAGUGUUGUUCGAAACCUCUGGUACGCGAGCGCGAACGACUAGCGCCCGCAACGUCCACGAGAUUUCGAACGUUGAAAUAUCUUGAACCGAUGGCUCGCGGCGCGACCUUGCUCGGACACGUUACCGGGAAGAAAAAGGUGUACGCGGUGUUAUUCGUGCGACAUCGAAUCCUCGACCGUGCAACGUCGAAUCUCGAUCGACGCAGGAAUCUGGUUACUCGACCAUCGUCGACACCGAUCCGUUGUGUCCCUGUCCGAUCGUGCGUUCGCUCCUAGACGUUUAGCGAACGAUUGCUCGGCGAAAGCAGCCGUUGAAUUUCGGGCUGUCGUGCUGUUCGAUCAUCCGACACUGGUCGUCGAAUCGUGUCGCGUUUCAACGGCGAAACGUUUCGACCGCAAUCACCGAUAGAAUGACAAGGAUACAAUGAACGUCCCCAUCGUGUCGGGAGACAUCACCGAAGAGGAUAACCCCAAACCGCGUUUCGUUCGGUUUCCCGCGGAGCGACGUUCCUUCGAGCCGGAGAUGGUAAUCGGAGACGAACGAUGAGGCUGCGAGAGAGCGAAUACUAUGUUGAAGUGGGCUUACUAUGCGCCUCUGACGAAGAAUCGGUCAUCUCCGACGACCCCGUUGGACGAACGGGAGAAGAGGACGAUCUGCGAAAAUUCACCGUCGCCGCCUAACCAGCCGCCAUCGCGGUUUUCGCGCAUAGGAAAACCUCCUUCCCCUUCUCGGUCGGAGGACGUAGAAAUUUUGCGAGAACCCAAGUCGACGAAAAAGUGUCUCGGGGGUUCCGAUCCAAGAGUGGCGACCUGUCGGGGAAAGUUGCAGAACAAACGGAGCAAGCUCAAUCAGGAAAUAAACAAGGAGCUACGGCUGCGUGCUGGCGCGGAAAAUCUGUUCAAAGCUACCACGAACAGGAAGCUGCGGGAAACGGUCGCCUUGGAGCUGAGCUUCGUCAACUCUAACCUGCAGCUGCUGAAGGAACAGCUCGCUGAGCUGAACAGCUCGGUGGAACUCUACCAGAAUGUCGACAGCGUGGAACCGGCGAUGCCCAUGAUCCCUCUGGGUCUGAAGGAAACCAAAGAUAUCGACUUUCGAGAUCCGUUUAAGGACUUUAUCCUUGAACACUACAGCGAGGAUGGAGGAAACUACGAGGAAGCCAUCGCGGACCUUAUGGAAACCAGACAGGCGACUCGAACGCCAACGAGAGAUGCAGCUGGCAUAGCGUUACUCCUGCGCUACUACAACCAACUGUACUUCGUCGAACGACGAUUCUUCCCGCCUGAUCGUAGCCUGGGCAUCUACUUCGAAUGGUUCGACUCGUUGACGGGUGUUCCAAGCUGUCAACGAACAGUCGCCUUCGAGAAGGCCUCCGUCCUGUUCAAUGCUGGAGGCUUGUACACCCAAUUAGCAGCGAAACAGGACCGUAGGACCGCUCGAGGAUUGGACCAGGCUAUCGACGCCUUCCUCAGAGCCGCUGGUACCUUUCGGUACAUACACGAAAACUUUACUAAUGCGCCCAGCAUGGACCUCGGACCAGACAUGCUCGAGAUGCUCGUCCAACUGAUGCUGGCACAGGCGAGGGAAUGUUUGUUCGAGAAGCUGGAGCUUCAAUCGGCGCAAGGAAGGAACAUGGACGUUUCUCUGGAUCUCGCGCAGGAAGCGGCACAGGUGGCAGCGGUCUACAGCGACGUCCACGGACUCAUAUCGCGCGAACCGGUUCGGGACUACGUUCCCGAGACAUGGAUCUCCCUGAUCUUGGUCAAACGUGAACAUCACCUGGCUCUAGCUCACAAGCAUCUCGCGCUUGGACUGUUCGAUCGUCCAGUCUCGGAAUGGCGCUCGGAAACGAGGCUAGCGCUCGAGCACGCGCAGAAGAGCGACGGAAAGACGCAGCUGGACAUAAUUCUGCCACGGGACGAAAACGAAAGAAAACUAUUAGGGAAAGCGCAUCUAAGGGAGGCUCUGGUUCUUCACGAGGAAAGCCAGAGGCUGCAGAGGAUGUGCAGAGACCUCAAAGCGAAACAGGCACUCGCCAAGGUUCUGAAGAAAGUCCAGGAGUCGACCGUGGAGAGCUACAAUGGUAUCGGAGAUGAGGAUGACUUUCGAGGGUUGCUGGAUCCUCCUGACAUUAUCGCGUCCACCAAGUUUCAACUAAACAUCACGCAUCCAGAUUUCGGCCAGCACGGAGUGGAUGAUCUUUUUAGAACCUUAGGGCCAGUGGCUAUAUUCUCAGCGAAAAGACAUUGGACUGCUCCGCGGCUGAUACAGCUUCAAAGAGGACCCGACGGCGAAGGCUUCGGUUUCAGCGUUCGCGGCGACGCUCCCGUGAUAAUAGCUGCGGUCGAUCACAAUUCGCUAGCCGACUUAGGUGGAAUGAAAGAAGGCGAUUUCAUAGUAGGCAUCGGCGAUAAGGACGUAAAAUGGGCGUCUCACGAACAAGUGGUGCGGCUGAUUAAACAAUCAGGGGAUUUUAUCAACUUGAAGCUGGUCACGCCUAUGGAUAGAAAUUAUUUAAAGAGGCCAGGUAAGACCAACCAGCAAGACAGGGGAAGCGUUUCAGCGAGUAGCUCUUCCGGCGUCUCUUCCGGUCAACCAAGUCCCGCCGGAUCCGUCACCACUGCUCAUGUGGCCAAAAAGCUACCCUGGAAUCCGUUCAAAAAAUCGACUGUACAGCGCGACAGCAGGGACCUGACGUUCGACAACGUUAUCUUGAGAUGAUUCGUUGGGCACUGGGCGUGUUUGAGCUUUCGUGGCAACGGAACGUAGCUAGGCCUGGGAUUUGUCGAAUUUUUCUCUAUUUAAAUAUUUCAUGCGCGGACAAAGUAACUAGAUAUUCCUAGCAUUUGGAACUUUUUGAACUUUAUUUUUAUUCCAGGUGUUAUUCAACAUAGACUGAUACAGUUUUUCAAACUCGGAAAGAAUCUAAGAAUUUGUUGAAGUCAAUUGCGGAGUUUUUUAAUACUAUACAAUAAAGAUGAAACUUGUUAUCGUAUAGUUUUAAAUAAAUUCCAAGAUCCACUUAAGUCCGCUGUUUUCUUCAUAUUUAACUUUGUACAUUGUUGUAGUAAACAAUGUAGAAAAAGUUUAACUCAAAGGAUAUGAACCUAUUUCAAUUCGUCAAGUUUAACACAUCAUCGAUAUCCAUAACCUGGAUCGCAAGGGGAUAAAAUAUUCUACUGUUAAAUUAUCGAAAUAAGUCCCAGCCCUAAAUUGCGAGCCUGGGAAACGCUUCGAGACGCGCGCCAGACUCCUCGCGUUGCCCGUAUUUCAACGAUUCUGUAUAAUACGCAUCUAUAGAAGUACUGUAUGUAUAUUCAUACGCUCGAAAUCUUAUCGCGUCCCGUAUCUCGAGGCUAGUUAGUUCCGAUCGAUGGAUCUCGAGCUACGAUGGUAUACGCGAAAUUACCACCGUGUGACCAGAGAUGAGCAAAAUUCUUAUCUAAAUGAAAAUCUCGAAUAACAAACAAAACACGAACAGUCAUGAAUCCGUUACUCGUUAACGCCUUGAACAAAUGGUAAUAUUAUCCGAUAAAGUGUUAUAUUGUACGUUGAUUCUAUUCGUCAUUUAUUAUUCGAAUAAAAUUUUGCCCAUCCUUGCGUGUGACUCGACGUCUCUCGACGGAUACGCGGUAUUGUACAAACGAUUGGUGAAACGUAUCGAGCGAAAACGUGCCGUCUCGUCGAAUAUAUGUUUGAUGUUGCUCUCCACGAAUGUACGCAUACGUAACGCGCCAAUUACAUAUUAUUCGAAAAGAAA